AUGCACGUCCUGCUCGUCGCCGCGGCAGAGCACGGCCUGGAGAUCGAGGGCGCGGACGUGGAGGGCCUCAACGACUACGACUUCCACGGCGCUGCGCGCCUCGACCGCAGUGACCGCAGGCAGUGCGGCGAGGGUCACGGGCGCGCAUGCUCAGAGGAUCUCGAGGGCGUCGCCGCGGCGCUCGAGGGGGACGACAUCGCCGCCCUGGCCGAGCGCGUCGCGGCGUGGGACGAGCCCGCGGCCCCAGGCCCUGGCCAGGCGAGCGACGAGGGCCUGAG